AUGGCGACCAUCAAGGCCAUCGAGGCCCGCUCGGUUCAUCAAAUCCAGUCCGGCCAGGUCAUUGUCGACCUUAACUCGGUGAUUAAGGAGCUCGUCGAGAACAGCCUCGACGCCGGUGCCACAUCGAUCGAGAUCCGAUUCAAAAACAAUGGCCUCGACUUAAUCGAAGUCCAAGACAAUGGCAGCGGAAUCUCCCCGGAGAACUACGAUAACGUGGCCCUUAAACAUUACACGUCCAAGCUUUCCUCCUUCGAUGACCUCCUCCGCCUCCAAACUUUUGGCUUCCGCGGGGAAGCUUUAUCGUCACUAUGCGCCCUGUCCGAUUUCCGCAUCACAACCGCCCAAGCCGACCAAGCGCCGCGCGCAACCCGUCUCGAAUUCGAGCAAUCGGGAAAGCUGAAAAAGACACAGAUAGUCGCGGGACAGAGGGGCACAACAGCGUCAGUGGAGGGGUUAUUCAAGAAACUGCCCGUUCGACGGCGGGAGUUGGAAAAGAACAUUAAACGCGAGUAUGGAAAAGUGUUGAACCUGCUACAUGCAUACGCUUGCGUUAGCACAAGCGUGCGCUUUAGCGUCAAGAAUACUCUAGCCAAGAAAAACGCGGUGGUCUUCACGACGAACGGGAACCAGACGACAAAGGAGAAUAUCGCUAAUGUCUACGGCGCAAAGACACUUCUUGCAUUGAUACCGCUGGAUCUCGAGCUGGAGUUUGAACCGUCAGGGCCUGGAAGACGAACUGCUGGAGAAGACACGAAUAGGAUUCAGGUCCGUGGGCAUGUCUCGCGACCUGUUUUCGGCGAGGGACGCCAAACGCCUGAUCGGCAGAUGUUCUUCGUCAACUCGCGGCCGUGUGCGCUGCCGCAGAUCGCCAAGGCGUUCAAUGAGGUAUAUAAAUCUUUCAAUGUGGCGCAAUCGCCGUUUGUAUUUGCGGACUUCCACAUGGAUACGAAUGCCUACGAUGUGAACGUGUCUCCGGACAAGCGGACGGUUUUGCUGCAUGAUGCGGGGGCACUUAUCGAGUCACUUAAGCAGUCGCUUCAGAAGCUGUUUGACUCGACGGACCAAACCGUGCCUCAAUCGCAGGUUCUUGGGAAGUUGCCGGUUGCUAGACAGCGUUCAUACCCGGAAACACCAACGGUUUCGGCUGCGAAAGCUGAUUUCGGGAGCCAGCAAUCGGUAGAUGCUGAGAAUCAAAGUGAGGGAGAACAGCAGAAGAGCCCAAUGAAUCCGCAGGACAGGAUGAAGAGCCUCCUUGGGAAUAUCAAAGCGCGUGGUACUCAGCCAGAUGAACCGUCUCCUACGCGGACGCCUAGCAAACAGCAGUCUCCCGUUGUUCCAUAUCCUACCCGGACGCGCAACGCACCAGCCCAGGAAGAGACCCAUGAUCACACUGCCGAGGAGGAAUCCUCCGAUGACGAUCUCUUCGUUGGCGAGAAAACGCCCCACGGAAACACACAGACUCAACACGAUGAUGAGCCUAGCACGCAGUCGAGCCAACCGCAAGGUCCCACACAGGAUGAUUUCCAGACCCCAGACGCUAUACAGAAUGCAUUUGACCGAAUGAGACCAAGACGUGUACCGGCCGAGAUGGCAACCAUCACUAUUGGCGAUAGGACAGUAACAUCAAUGGUAGGGAGCGGCGUGCCUAGGAAGAGGAGCACGACUGGUGACUCGACCACUCGCCCAGCUCGAAAAAGACGAAUCCAUACACCGUCUCGCCCGAGUAUUUUUGGUCGUAUGCAGGAUUUUGCGGCGCCGGGGUCUCAAAUGGAUGUGUCUCAAGACAGUGAAGGAGAAGACGACGAGGAGGAUGAGGAUAUUGAGGAUGAAGACCAAGACGAAUACCAAGACGAAGGCGAUGAGGGUGUAGAAGAGGAAGCAGCAGAAGUGGAGGAAGUGGAAAGCGAAGUUGACGAAGAGCUGGAAGAUGCCGAAUCCUUCGCCCCGUCUGAUCAGGAUAAUGCGAGCGAAGCUGGUGAAAGGGACACCAAAAAGGCGCAAGAACAGCCUUCAGAUGAGGGCAUAGAUGGGGACAUGAACGAUGAAGAGAAGAAGAAACACGAAGAAGCCGAAGUCCAACGGCUUAUCCAGGCAGCAGAGAAUGCCGCACAAGCAAACAGCCAUACCCGGGCAAAUAAACUGCACAAAGGCGUCAGUCAUCGAGAUUCCACCGUAAACCUCUCGACUACUAUCAACGGGUCAAUAUCCAGAAUCCAGUCUCAAGCAGAGCAUCUCAACAACCCUACUGAACAGGGUAUUCCAUCUUCUCAAAACGAAGCCGAGGACACAGGGCUAUCCCAGGUAGCAGCUGAAGAGCGUUUAUCCCUAACAGUCACAAAAGACGACUUUGCACGCAUGCGCAUCCUCGGCCAAUUCAACCUAGGCUUCAUCCUCGCAACCCGCUCCACAGAAUCCAAAGACGAACUCUUCAUAAUCGACCAGCACGCCUCCGACGAAAAGAUCAACUUCGAGCGCCUCCAAUCCUCAACAGUCGUCCAAAACCAACGCCUCGUCCACCCCAAACGCCUCGACCUCACAGCCGUCGAGGAGGAAAUCGUCAUAGAGAACCAAAUCGCCCUAGAGAAAAACGGCUUCGUCAUUGAUGUCGACGAUAGCGGCGACGAACCUAUUGGUCGGAGAUGUAGUCUCCUCUCGUUACCGCUAAGCAAGGAAGUCGUCUUUGAUACGCGGGAUCUAGAAGAACUGAUCGUCCUCCUCUCCGAAAGAACAUCAACGUCAAAUACAAAAACGGGUACUGACAUCGACAUCCCCCGCCCCAGUAAAGUCCGCAAGAUGUUCGCCAUGCGCGCAUGCCGCUCGAGUAUCAUGAUCGGCAAGACGUUAACGCACAAGCAGAUGGAGCGCGUGGUGCGGAAUAUGGGCACCAUCGAUAAACCGUGGAACUGCCCGCAUGGUCGGCCGACGAUGCGUCAUCUUUUCAGUUUGCGGCAUUGGGAGGAGUGGAAUGAAUAUGAACAUGCGCCUGCAUAUGGACAUGAUGGGAGUAGUGAUGAAGAUGAAAAUGGGUCAUUAAGCAGGUUGGAUAUCUGGAAGGAGUAUCUGCAAGGGUUGGCAGCUGAGUCGGGCUAG